UUUGGUUUUCCAUACUCGCUGCUCCGCCUCGCGUACAUUUCAGCAACUGAUAGCGAGACCCAGAAACUCCAAGUGUCUGAUGUCGAGAGCACAGAUCACUGAGGGUGCUUCCACACUCAUGGAGAAGAUAAUAAAUUGUAAAAUGGAAGAUCUGGAAGAUUAUUACGGCUUGCUUGGGUGCGAUGAGUCGUCAACGACUGAACAAAUUAUGGCAGAGUAUAAAGUGAGAGCCCUGUCUUGCCACCCUGACAAACAUCCGGAAAAUCCUGAAGCAGCACAAGACUUUCAAAAGUUACAACAGGCCAAAGAUGUUCUCACAGAUGAGACCAAAAGAAGAAAAUAUGAUUACUGGUUGAGAAGUAGCAUCACUGUUCCAUUCAGGGAAUGGCAGGCCUUGAGUGACACAGUUAAAAUUUCAAUGCAUUGGGCCCUUAAAAGCAAAAAGGAGCCAAUGCUAAAAGCAGCAAAAGACACACCUGAAUUCCAAGCUGGUCAGUCAGAAACUCAAGUGCCAAUAGAGGGGAAUUCAUCCGAUGAAGAACUCUCUUCCAGUGGUUAUUGGCAUCACAAAUUUCGGUGUGCGGGUGAUCCUCCUUCAGCCCUCUUGAAAAAGUUUAGAAAUUAUCAAAUAUGAAGAAUUAUAAGCUAUAAACUCAAUAUUUGGCACUCCUAUUGAAAUUUGUGGUUUUGACAUAUAUAAAUGAAAUAAUUUUGUGAAUUGUUUCAUAUUGUGGAAUAAAGUAUGGCUAUUGUCCUCA